UACUGUAUGUAUAAAAUCCAUGCCCCAAUUCCUGUCCCUAGUUUUAAUGCAAACAAUGACAGGAGCAUAUCGAAACUUAGGAAAAUUCUCUUUAAUAAUGUCUUUUUGGAAGUAUCUUAGACCGCGUUGAAAUCUGAUUUCAUUUCAAGCUGAGAAGUGCAAAUGGGAAUUGUGAAGAUUCAAUCCGAAGGGGUGUUGGUGUAUGUUAGAGAAGAGGGGUGCCUGGCCUAAACCUUAACCUCGUUUUCUCUCGGGUGAAUAUAAAAAAAAAAUCUAUUCUCAGUCAUGUGGAGGAAUGAACUUCAAAGGAUGUUAUUCAGGAAGCUUGGAAAGUUUUAAGGACCUGCCUCAAGACACCUUGAUGGGGGCGUUUAUUAUUCCUUUUUCCAAAAUGGUGCAAGAUAAUUUUAUAUUUGCGUUUCUGUGGUCGGGCCUGUGUCUCCGAAGUCGUGCAGAAUCCUUCGUUUCCAAGAGAGCCAUCCCGAAAUAGUGUUUUGAGUUGGCGGCAGAAUUUCUCGCCCUUUUUAAGAGAGACCAACAGAUUUGGAAAAUCCUGCAGCUGAUUUUGGGAAUAGGGGCCUUUGCCCAGCAUAAAGUUUCUUGGGAUAAUUUGCAGGGUUUGGGGUUUUUUAAAGAGAACAGGAUCUUAGUCUGACCUUUCUUAUUAUUUUGUUUGGGUUGGAUGAGCGGAUCGCUGCAUUUUCUGUUUCAAAUCUGCGGGUUGAAAAUUCAUUUAAACUUUUCUAUCAUAAGAGACACGAGAACUGGGAAAUCUCACUUGUUAGGUGAUGAGGCUCCACUGUUUGGGAUAACUAUGUCUCCAGUUGCUAAGAUUUUUUAAAAAGAGAACUUUUCCCCCCUCUUAGAAUGGCUUUUUUUAAAAAAGGCAGGGGGAGGAGGGAAAGGGGGGGGAGAGGUUGAGUAAGAGAGAGAGAGGGAGGGAGAGAGACUUUAAGCUAUAAUGCAUUACUCCAUUCCCAAGGCCCUAAGCCACCUUCUAUGCAAAUUACACCCAAGAAGCAUCUGUAAACUUUAAAAGUUAUUUUUGAAGGAGGGUUGAAGCUGGUGAGAAUGCUUCCUGGUUUCUAUCAAAACUAGAAGUGUGGCUGGAUGUUAUUAAAAAAUGUGUCUUUGUAUCUUUUUUUUUUUAAAAAAAAUAUUUUUAUUUUGAACCUUGGGAAAUGAAAAGUGUGAGAUUUAAUUUGGGGAAAACGAAGUCCUUUCGGGUAUUCUCUUGGGGGAAAAUUUUUUGCAGGAAUGUUUAAAAAAAGAAAAGAAAACUUGGUGGGUUUUUUUGGGUUUUUUUUACAAAAUAUAUGCACUGUUUUUUCCUAAAAACAAUAGCCUUCCCUUUUCCAAAAUAAAUGAAAUGGGUAUGUUAAUAUGUCUAAUGUUAGCCUGUGGGUCAUAGUUCUUGACUAUUAGAGAAAGUGUGGACAAUUCUAGAAAAAACUGGACAUGUUCUCUGUUUGAUAUUUGAGCCUUUUUUUACUUGCUUUCUAGUAAAGGAGAGAAAAAAGUAGGUAAGUUAAAAUAUAGAACAGAGUCUUUUUGCAAAUUAGGCAGAUAAGGCAGAGUUAUAAAGGUGAAGAGGAGGCUUUAAGACGCAUUUUGAUUUUUUUUAGCACAGGCGUGCUAUAGAUUGGAAGCAAAUCCAUUGUUCUGCGUAUAAUUCAUCAGUUGCUUUUUCUGAUUUCCCUCACUAGUUAUUUAUUUUCUGAAUCUGUCAUUAUUUGUCUAAGCGCAGCUGACCAAGCAAAACCAUGUUUUAAAGUGGGCUUUAUGUUUUGAUAAAUGUGAUCUGGUUGAAAAAGUAUUUUUCGACUGAAUGCCGAGCUUAAUAGAACAUGCUGACAUAAUAGUUUUAAUGCAUUUUGUUCAAAAUGUGUGAAUAAACAGAGUGGCUUUUGUUCCUUCAUAAUUGGCUGGAAAAGUAGAGGGAAGCCUCAACCAUUAGAUAUGGAAAUGGGAGAAGAGAAAAGAAAAAAAAAUGUUUUUCACCUGACAGUAUUCAGAAUUGGCUGCUCCGGUUUUUGAAAGGAGCAUCUGAAGGGGAUACAGCAUUUAAGAUUAGUUGUCAAAAUACAGUGCUUUAAAUUGAGUGUGUGUUGUGUUGUGCCUACGCUCACACGCAUAUACACACAAGCAUACAUUGGGUUAGGCAAGAAAAUAAGCCCAACAGCAUAUUCAAAUGGUUGCCUUUAAUAUUUGACGUCUUCUUGCCAAAAGUCCUAAAAUUCUAAUCACGUCUGUCUGCUAAGAGACCAAACGAUCAAAUGUCCCCUACGUUAAAUAGAUUCCUAGUUACUAACUUCAAUACAAAAACCUUUCUCCCCCCCCUCCUCCCCUUUAUUUUCAAACUCCAGAGACAGGGUAACUUAAAACAAAAGUGUCCAUCUGGCACCAAUGUCACCAACUAUAUGGCAUUUAAAAGAAAACAGAAUCGAUGCAAUUUUCUUUUCUUUUCUUACUUUUUCUUUCUUUUUUCUUUUUUCUUUUUGAUAAGCCCAAGGACUGUUUUGAACUUGGGUUGGUUUUAACUUGUAAAAAGAAAAGGGGGAAAUUGUAUAUUCUCUCCCUUUUUUUUGUCUUCUCCAUCCUCAGAACUUUUUAAUGUGUCCCCCCCCUCCUCCCUUCGAAGAUUUAAUUUGGAAGUCAUGGAAACUACCUAUUAUCUGAUUUUAGUGUCGCAGGAGAACAGGGAGGGAGGUAAUCCUUGAAUUAAAUGGGCUUUCCCCCCCUCCCUUCCCUGUCUUUCUAAGUGACCACACACAAUCUCUACAAGGGAAUUUUUUGUCCUCAUGCUGGGGGAACAAUAGGGAACCAUCCUUCUUUUUGAAUAAGAUCAGCGAGUUUGAAGGCACAGGAAGAAUUUUCCUUUCUUUUUUCUUUUCGGAGGAGGGAGGGAUAACGUUUAAUUUACAAAUGGAUCUUGGCGAUAAGAAAAAAAGCAGCAACUGGUUGAUAACAAACCUCCAAUGAAAGGGGCUUUUCCCCCACCCCUAAUGAAAGGUUCAGAGCUAUCGCUUAAACCAUCGGGGAGAAGAGUUAAAAAGCAAAAAGAGUUUUGAUAGGGUCACCCGACAAGGAAGAAGAUUGCAUGGCAUUAUCAACCUGCAUCAUCCAAAUUGAUUUCUUAUUGUAUGGCAACAUUUUUCUCUUUAGCGGCUCGUCUUCGCCCUUUCUUUUAACCCGUUUGCUGCUCUUUGCUCCCCCCCUCCUCCCUUCUCUUAAACAGAAAAUGUAAUAUUUAAUAAUGUUGUUUUUUUAUAGAUAAGGUUAUAUAAACUAAGCUAAUCUGGGUGGUAGUAAAAUGAGACAGGGACUUUAUGGACUUUAUGGCCGCUGAUGUCUAUUUUCAGUGGGACUACCCUACAUUUUUACCAUGGUGAUAGGAGAGAUUAGAAGGAGCAUGAUUUUUGUUUCUUUACAAAAAAGUAAAUAAAAUGGCAUUGGAAGCAGCGAAUCUUUAUCGAUUAGGAAGGAACUGGUUUGCAAGCGAUGCAGUGAUUUGGUAGGUCGUCCGUAGUUCUUGGAAGUUGAGGAGGGCUUGUUCGGAGAAAGGCCUUUUUGUAAGCUAAAGCUAACCAAAUGUUUAGGCACCUGUGGAGCCCAGACCAAAUGUGUUUAUCAGGGGAAAAAAAAUUGCAUUGCAUAGAAGUCUGUUUUGGGGCUUUGCAGGGAGCAACAAUACAGUUCAAAGAGCACUGCUGGUCUUCAGCUAAGUGUCAUGAGAAAGAUUAAGCAACAAACGCUUGAUUGUGAAAACAGAUAUUAUUCUUUUUACUCUGUCUCUGUCUCUCUCUGUUUCUCUCUCUCUCUCUCUCUCUCUCUCCCUAUUCCAUAAAGCCCCUAGAAAUAACAGAACGAACAAAUGGAAAACAAGAGGUUUGCCGGAAAAGAAACAGUCAGCUUCUGUCUUCCUGAAGAGCUCAAAAGAUUGUUUUGUUGUUGUGGCCAACCUGAAGCUCUGGUGACACGUGGUGACUCUUUUUCUCCUCUUCAGUUCCCCAUCCCAACCUGUUCACUUUUGGAGACCUUGAAGGACCACAGAUUAGUUUCAGGGAUAGAUAGGGUGACGGUCCAAGAGAUUUUUUUUUUUUGAAGCAGCCAAAGAUGAACAAGGUUGAAGGAGACUUAAGAGAGUCAAAUGAGUCAACAGAUGGAGACACACAGAAGGGUCAGCCCAACCGGACCCCCAAGACAAAGGAUGCCCAUGUCUGUGGCAGAUGUUGCGCCGAGUUCUUUGAACUACCGGACCUGCUACAACACAAGAAGACCUGUACUAAAAAUCAACUCGUUUUAAUUGUGAAUGAAAACUCUGUAUCUCCUUCGGAAGCCUUCCCUCCUAGCCCUCCUAAAGAUAAUCCUGAUGAACGGAAGAACAACACAGAUAAUAACGUGGGUCAAGUCGAAUGCAGCGACGUUCCUGAGCAAGACGACAAACUUGACAAAGAAGAAACCAUGGAUACAGAGUCUUCUUCCAGUGUUAGCAAAAGCACUAGCAGUACUUCCCAGACCGUCAACAGUACUAUUGCAAGCAGUAACUGCUCCACCAAGGGUACCUCAGCUCUUACAACCUCUCUACCUCAACUGGGAGAUCUGACCAUGCUGGGCAAUUUCUCCGUGAUCAACAGCAACGUCAUCAUCGAGAACCUUCAGAGCACGAAAGUAGCGGUGGCCCAGUUCUCUCAGGAAGCACGCUGCAAUGGCACCUCAACCCACAAGUUGGCCGUCCCUGCCCUCAUGGAGCAACUACUGGCUUUGCAACAGCAACAGAUCCAUCAGCUGCAACUGAUUGAACAAAUUCGCCACCAAAUAUUACUGCUGGCUUCCCAGAACACUGACUUGCCAACAACGUCUCCGAACCCGUCGCAGAGUACAGUACGAGCAUCAGCCAACCCCUUGUCGACAUUAAGUUCCCAUUUAUCCCAACAGCUGGCUGCAGCAGCCGGAUUGGCACAAAGCCUCGCUAGCCAGUCUGCCAGCAUUGGUGGUGUGAAACUUCUGUCUCCUCUACAGCUACCUCAGAGCAAUUCUGGCAACACUACGAUUCCAUCCAGUAGCGGCUUAUCUCCGAGUAUUAGCCUAGCUACCGCAGCGAUUACAACGUCAUCUUCCGACAAAGUGACUGUGAACACUGGAGGUCCACCGCUUGGCAACCCGGCAGGGACCGUGUCGUCAUCGCCAGCUUUUGCAAUAAGCAGUUUAUUAAGCCCUGUAUCAAAUCCUCUUCUACCUCAGCCCACUCCUAGUAACUCUGUGUUCCCCAAUCCUUUAUCCAAUCUCGGAACAACCACAGAGGACUUAAACCCGUUGUCUGCUUUGGCCCAGCAGAGGAAAAACAAGCCGCCCAAUCUAGCCGCUUUCGAAACGAAAAGUAAUUCGGAUGAAGCCUUCUUCAAGCAUAAGUGCAGGUUCUGCGCGAAGGUUUUUGGGAGCGACAGUGCCUUGCAGAUCCAUUUACGUUCUCAUACUGGGGAGAGGCCCUUCAAAUGCAACAUCUGUGGGAACCGGUUUUCCACCAAGGGGAAUUUAAAAGUCCACUUCCAACGGCAUAAAGAAAAAUACCCUCACAUACAAAUGAACCCGUAUCCGGUGCCAGAGCAUUUAGACAACAUUCCCACAAGUACGGGGAUCCCGUAUGGGAUGUCCAUACCACCAGAGAAACCGGUCACCAGUUGGUUGGACAACAAGCCAGUGUUAUCCACUUUGACCCCAUCUGUUGGCCUGCCGCUUCCACCCACAAUUCCAAGCUUGACACCUUUUAUCAAAACGGAGGAGCCUCAGCCCAUUCCUAUCAGUCACCCUUCAUCUAGUCCUCCAUCUUCUGUCAAAAGCGACUCUGGCUCCAUUGAUCCCACGGGGAAGAACUCGAAUGGGCAUCUGGCAGAAGGGGAAACGGGUGCUUUGCUGUCCUCCGGCGACAAACCAGAAGAAAGCAUGCCCAGUGUUUCUUCUAGUGUGAACCACUCCGUAACCUCCCCAGCAGCAGAAUCGGAUUCCAGCAACGUGGUUGCUUUUACCAGUCCGCUGAUGCCUCUCAUGUCCGACCAGUUUAAGGCGAAGUUUCCAUUUGGAGGGCUGCUGGAUGGAACGCCAGCCUCGGAGACCUCGAAACUACAGCAACUUGUAGAAAACAUAGACAAAAAGGCAAGCGACCCAAACGAGUGUCUCAUAUGCCAUCGGGUGCUCAGUUGCCAGAGUGCUCUGAAAAUGCACUACCGCACGCACACUGGUGAAAGGCCCUUCAAGUGCAAGAUCUGCGGCCGGGCCUUCACUACGAAAGGCAACCUCAAGACCCAUUAUAGCGUCCAUCGUGCCAUGCCACCCUUGAGAGUGCAACAUUCCUGCCCCAUCUGCCAGAAAAAGUUCACUAAUGCAGUUGUGUUGCAGCAGCACAUCAGGAUGCAUAUGGGGGGCCAGAUCCCUAACACACCAGUGACGGAAAACUAUCCCGAGUCCAUGGAAUCUGAUACGGGAUCAUUUGAUGAGAAGACCUUUGAUGAUCUGGAUACCUUUUCUGAUGAGAAUAUGGAAGACUGUCCCGACAGUAGCGUACCAGAUACCCCUAAGUCUGCCGACGCGUCUCAAGAUAGUUUAUCAUCCUCCCCGUUGCCCCCCGAAAUAUCAAGUAUUGCUGCUUUGGAAAACCAGAUGAAGAUGAUCAAUGCAGGGCUGGCUGAACAGCUCCAAGCGAGUUUAAAAUCUGUGGAAAAUGGAUCGGUCGAAGGGGACAUGAUGACAAACGAUUCUUCAUCGGUUGGUGGUGAUAUGGAAAGUCAAAGUGCUGGAAGUCCUGCCAUUUCGGAGUCUACCUCUUCCAUGCAGGCCUUAUCCCCAUCCAACAGCACAACGGAUUUCUACAAAUCACCGGGCAUCGAAGACAAACCGCUACGGACUUUACCGAACGACUUUGCCAACGGUUGGCCGGUCGCCUUUGCCAAUGGCGGCGCUUUGGACUUGACCUCGGGCAACCCAGAAAAAAUGGUGAAGGAAGAGCCGCUGGGCAUGUUGUUUCCUUUCCGCGACAGAGGCAAGCUUAAGAACACGGCGUGCGACAUUUGUGGCAAAACGUUUGCUUGUCAGAGUGCCUUGGACAUUCACUACAGAAGUCAUACCAAAGAGAGACCGUUUAUUUGCACAGUCUGCAAUCGUGGCUUUUCCACAAAGGGUAAUUUGAAGCAGCACAUGUUGACACAUCAGAUGCGAGAUCUACCAUCACAGCUCUUUGAACCCAACUCCAACCUUGGCCCAGCUCAGAACUCUUCCUCCUCCUCCGUCAUACCUGCAAACUCUCUCUCGUCCCUUAUAAAGGCCGAGGUCAACGGUUUUGUACAUGGCUCUCCUCAGGACCACAAAGAGACAAUGCCCAGCUUGCUUCCUUCAGGACCUCUGCUGCCUUCGGCGACAUCACCGGUCUUACUUCCAACUCUGCCUCGGAGGACACCCAAGCAGCACUUCUGCAAUGCGUGUGGAAAGACCUUCUCGUCUUCCAGUGCUUUGCAGAUCCACGAAAGGACUCACACAGGGGAGAAGCCUUUCGCCUGCACAAUUUGUGGAAGAGCUUUCACCACCAAGGGCAACCUUAAGGUGCACAUGGGGACGCACAUGUGGAACAGCACCCCUGCCAGGCGAGGCAGACGGCUCUCCGUGGACGGGCCCAUGACUUUCCUCGGAAGCAACCCCGUCAAAUUUCCAGACAUGUUUCCAAAAGAUUUGGCCGCGAGGUCGGGAAACGGUGACGCUUCCAACUUCUGGAAUCAAUACGCUGCAGCCCUCUCCAAUGGUUUGGCCAUGAAGACCAACGAGAUCUCAGUCAUCCAGAACGGGGGGAUCGCCCCCGUUCCCGGGAGCCUGGGCAAUGGCAGCAGCUCCCCGCUUAGCGGUUUGACCGGCAGCCUGGAGAAAUUCCAGGAUUCGGAACCUAACGCGCCUCUAGCUGGCCUGGAGAAGAUGGCAGGCAGCGAAAACGGGACCAGCUUCCGUCUCACCCGCUUUGUGGAGGACAGCAAAGAGAUUGUAACGAGUUAGGACAAAAGGUUGCGGAUACUUUGGUGCAGUUUGUUGCAAUUGAAAGUGGGUUGGGGAGGGGGUUGCGUUGCGGGAAUUUUUUUUCCCCCUGUUUGUUUUUGUUUGUUUUGGCAAAUCCACGACACAGAAACAUUAAAGACACAUCCUUUUUGUACCUGUUCGACAUCUAGAGUUCUAAAAAAAAAACAAAAAAACAGCUUAUUUAUUAGUGAUCAUAACUUUUUUUCGUUUUGUUUUGUUCGUUUGUUUGUUCAUGGCUUUGCAGGGAUAUGCAAGCGUUACAAGUUCUGUAAGUUGAAGUAAAUACUAAUUGACUAGAGUGCUGUAACAUUUAUGGCAACACAAGUCUGUUUUGGCCAGGCGGUUCUCUGUUCUGGCUUUUUAAUUUAUUUCUCUCCUUCCAGUUUUAACCUAAGCCGUUUUUGCUGGUCGUGCGGUUCCUCCAGUCCUUUUCCGCCACACUUCACUCCUCCCGCGCGGGUAAAUGCAAACAAACGCACGUACCUGUGCGGGCCCUUCCAUCCCAACGGAAACGUUUCUUGGCAAAGAGGUUGCUUUAAUUGCACAACCAGCAACGGACCACGUUUAAAAACAAAAAACAAAAAACCCCCGAAGGACACCCAUUCCUUCGCCACGGGCUCGAUUUGAUUUUCGUUGGUUUCGUUGGAAAUUUUUUUGUUUGUUUGUUUUUUUACUCGACGACGAAUUAAAUUGGCUACGAUUACGAUUAGGUAGAUUUCUUUUGUCCCCUUUAGAAACAGUCCUUAUUUUUUUUUAUUUUUUUAUUUUUUUUGUAUUGUGCUUUUUUACUGGAGUCGUCUUUAGAUGUCCGUUUGUUUCUGUACAGUAAAGAAGCACGAGAUGAUUAGCGAAAACCCCACAGUGUUGUUUUGCUAGUUCGAAACCCUCUGCCUCGUAGGUAUAUUAUUAAAAAAAAAAUAAAAAAAAAUAAGUACUGUUGUGCUGCUAAGAUGAUCUCAAACCACACCUUCCAUGGACAACUUAAGAUGUUCCUUGUACAUACGGUGAGAAAUAUCAAGAUCAUUAAAAAUAAUAAUAAUAAUAAUAAUGUACAUAUCUUCUCAGCCAGAUCAACGUCUUGACUAAGGGAAUAACUGCAGUGUUGUUUAUUUUGUAUUGGGUACGACAGGAAAACAAAAACAAAAACAAAAAAACAGAAAUACCUUUGGACUGUUAUAUGCACUUUCUUGGAAAGCCUGAAAAAAGAAAUAAGUCCAGUAACUUUAUCCUUUUAAUACUUACUAACAGCGGAGAGAGACUGUAAUUUUCUGCCAGUAAUCAAAUACAUUUUUUUUCCCCUCCAACA